AUGGAGUAUUCAUGCAAGGAGUUCAAAGUGGGAAAGUGUGAAGGAGAGAAAAUAGUGGAUGGAGAAACCAUUCCAUUGGUGCUAGGACCUCGUGAGGAAAACAAGAGUGACUUAGAGUCAUUGCUUUUGGGUUUGAAUGAAAACAAGGAAUGGUUUGAGGAAAUGAUAAUAAAGAACAGUGCUGUUCUUUUGAGAGGUUUUGAUGUGAAGAAGGCUGAGGACUUUAAUGAUAUUGUUGAAACAUUUGGAUGGGAAGAUAUUCGCUAUGUCGGACCAGCACCUCGGACACAUAUUUAUAAAAUGAUUUGGACUGCUAAUGAAGGUCCCCUCUCUGAGUUCAUUUAUUAUCACCAUGAAAUGGUUUUGAUUAAGGAAUAUCCGAAGAAAGUAAUUUUGUUUUGUGAGAUACCUCCACCGGAAGGAGGAGAAACUCCUGUUGUUCCAAGCUUCAGAGUGACGGAAAGGAUGGUUGAGGAGUUUCCGAAAGAGGUGAAAGAGAUGGAGGAGAAGGGGUUGAAGUAUACAUUUACAGCUCCUAGUAAUAAUGAUACCAAUUCAAUGAGAGGUAGAGGUUGGGAGGAUGCUUUUGGAAGCUCGGAUCGUAAGGAAGUUGAGAAAAGGACAAAAGCUCUUGGAAUGGAUGUAGAAUGGCUUGAAAAUGGAGGGCUAAAGACAAUACUUGGACCAAGAAAUUUAACAAAAGUAUUUGAAGGAAGAAAGGGGAGAAAAAUGUGGUUUAACACAAUUGUAGGAAUGCAUGGAAAGGAUAUAAGUUCAGCCACAAUGGCAGAUGGAACUGAGAUUCCAGCACAUGUUGUGAAAAGGUGUGGAGAGAUUAUUGAAGAAGAGAGCAUACAAUUCAAGUGGGAGAAAGGAGAUGUUCUUUUCUUGGAUAAUUAUGCUUUGCUUCAUGGUCGAAGGCCUUCACUUGCACCUAGAAGAGUCCUGGUUGCUACUACUAUAUAAUUUAAGUUUGUUUUCAU